AUGAACGAGCAAUUGACCGAUAGACAAAAGCUACCAAUAAUACAAAACAGUAUAAAAGAUAAACUAGUUGAAAUAGUUAUACUUACUUUCUUACUACCGUUUAAGACUAUCAAAGCAAAUUAUGCUGAAAAUGUUAUCAGUAGGGAGAGACAUUAUGUUGGAGACAGUGGUGAAAAGGGAAAGGGUGCUAAAAAGACUGGCAAGGAUGGUGAUGACAUUAUCAUUCAAGUGCCCACCCGAGACGAUCAUUCGAGAGUGGAACAUUUCAUUGGCAGCUCUGCAGAGGAUGAAGCUAGAUUAGACCCAAAUUCACCAACCUUUGACCCAGAAUAUUUUAUGCAAAAGAUGAACGAACCGGUGUUACUGGAUGGCAAAAAGGUCAAUAAUAACAAACAAAAAGCUGGGUGGAAGAGGUGGAAGGGGGAAUGCCAACUUUGCAACGGGCAGAAACAGAUCACCAGAGUAUGCACAGCCUGGACUCAAGGGUGGCGUGCCAUCUCUGUGGGACGGCAAGAAACUAAAGGUCAAACCAGACCGUUACAAAAAGAUCCGCGAGGAUCAAGAAAAACUCAAAGAGGUGAACAUGAAGUUAUCAUUGAUGGUGAAGAAAUAGAAAUAGAUGUUGGAAAAAUAAAAGAAAAAGAAAUGGAAAUGAAAAUGGAAGAAGAGAAACCACGUUGUCGUUUAUCACAUAAUUUACAAAGAUUAAUAUCCAAAUAA